AUGGAGACGCCGGCGGUUCCAAUGCCUAAGGAUGAGCGGGAGAGGCAGAUCCUCAACAACCUCACUGCCAUCCAGGACAGCCUACUCCUCCUGAAAAGGGACCGCACCAAGUACAUCCGGACCCAGGAUGUCGUGGUCCUGCACGACCAGCUCAUCGAGCAGAUCAGGCAGGUGAACGAGAUUCGAAAGGGGCAGCAGACGGAGGAGAAUCGAUUGGAUAAGGUCCUAGAGAGUUGCCUCCAGCUCAUUUCGCUAUUCUUUAUGACCAUCGGACGGACGACCGAGGCGCCGGCUGCGUACGCGUUGACAUCCACCAUCAAGCGCCUGCUCGACCACCUGACGGAAGCCCGCAUCUUUUCUGGAAAGGACCUGACCAGUAUAUCUAACACGCUAGACCGGCUCGAGGGGAUCUUGAAGAAUACGAAGAAGGAACACUCUCCGUAUCUUGUGGAGCUUUUGGCGAACAGGGAAAGCCGGUGCAGGUCGGUGUUGGCCAACUUGCGCAAACAGCUCGACCAACUGGACGAGCCAUUGCAGGUCAUUUACGAACGCUUAAUUUCUGUUAUGCGGUCGAUGUCGCUUGCCAACACAAAGUCGAAGUUCUCAACGAGCGAAGUGCAGAAACUUAAGGCGAAACUGCAAGAGAUCAAUGCGACUCAGGUAGAUGGCAAGUUUGUGGAUGCGGAAGGCAAAGAGUACCGCGGGAGCGAGCAGGUAUCGGUGCUCCUUGGCCACUGCUUGCGGUGGUCUGACAUUGUUCUCGAGAGAAAAGGCGUGAUCCCCGAGGGGUUCAAGGACAAGUACAACAUCCUCAUCGGUAUCCGCAACGACCUCGAAAAGCUCUCCCUCACUCAGGCGUGGUCGCUACGCGAGACCGACCUGUACGACUUCCAGCGGCAGCUUGACAAGAUUGACGAGGCCCGUGUCGACGGCAACUGGCUCGACCCGGAAGGCCAUCCAGCUGAGCUAUACGUGCAGCGCACACUGCUGUACCUCAUUCGGCGCAGCUACGGCUACAUUUACUACCUUAUGAACUCAUCCGAGCCCGUGUCGGAGGCCCUGCUACCCAUCUAUAACCAGCUUCAGACCCUGAAGCGCUGCUUGAUCGAGGUCAAGAACUCAGGGGGCGUUGGUUCCGUGAGAGAGCUGUACCCUUAUAGCAUGAAGUUGAAUUCCAUCGACAACAUGCGAGUGGACGGCAAGUUCAUGGUGGGCAACGACAUUCCCGAAGGUCAGGGAAAUGUGAGCGAGCUACUGGCGGAGUGCUUUGACCUUAACUAUGAACUAAGGGUAGCAGCCGAGGAGCUCGAGGAGAAUGAGAACCAGUCACCGGCGCCGCAAGAGGAUGCCUCAUAG